AUGUUCGCGACUUUCACUGGCAACUCGCGCAGGCGCCGGAACGUUAAUCUCAGCGGACAGAAAUCAGUCAAUCCAUUUACCAAUCCGUCAUGGUCUGGAAACACCCCGGUUGGCGCAUCCAAGACCGUGGCCCAAGCGCAGGUCCAGCGACUGCAGAGGCAACAGGAGAGGACACGAUUGAAGGCAGCACAGCGCAUCCAGAGAGUAUGGAGAGGCUAUCGUACUCGGAAGGCCUUGCGGGCCUCUAGACGCCAAGCAUUCGACCAGAUUUACGACGAGGGAAACUUGGUUCAAGAUCCAGCGAGAAGGACGACCGACGCAAUACCACUGCUCCUCAGUGUCUUUCAGGCUUCUGUCGAGGAUGACUGCCGACGGUUGUGCUUAUUGGCGAGGGACCUGCUGCAAACGAACUUUCAUGCGUUUACGUCCGGCGCCAUAGAUUUUGUCAGACUCGAGAAGCUCGUUCGAGUUUUGGUGUCCGGGCUAAGGAGAUUUAACCUUCGGAACGAGGGGCAGCAAGCAGGAACCUUAUUACAGACCCUGGUGGCGGUCAUCAGGGAGAGGCCUCAAUCUGUGCGGCAUCUCCUUGGUGACUAUUAUGAUAUGCUUGGGAAUUGCUGCAACGCCCUUGGUCCCAGCUCUUCCUUUCUACACACUGUUCGGGAAGCAGUUAAUGCUCCACUCCUGGUUGAUGUCUCAGUCUCCGACGUUGCUUAUCAAGAAUUCGCCCUUUCCUUCCUGACGAAGGCCGACUUAUUUCUCUUCGAGUCCAACAUCGACCUCUUCGCAGCAAAUGUGGACGUUGAUCGCCUCUCUCGCUCUCUUCAUGCCAACCUAGCCCCUGGGCAAAAGCCCUUAGCAGAAGCGCAUCUCCUGUGGCUUCUGGGCCAUUUCAUUGCGCUCCAGAAGUCGAAGAAACAGGCCGUACUCCACUCUCGUUCUAUCAAGGUACUUUACUCCCUGCUCUCCGCUCUAUCUGAUCAGAUCAGGGCUGGCUUCGCAUCACCGACAGCAAAAGCCGAAGGCGAAGAAGAUGGGACGGCACAAGCACUUCCUCCAUAUGUCCUGGAGCAGGCUUCGUCUUUAACUAACCGAGACGAGAUUUCUGGGCUCCUCGAGGCUUUUGCAAUGGAACACGGCGAUGGCACGGAUCUUGAGAAUGCCGGUAUUCUCGCAGGUUAUAUAUUGACCUUAAUAUCCUGCUUCCCUCCUCUUGGGGACGACAUCCGCAUGAGGUUAUACCUAGCAGAUAUUCCCACGCAAGAAGGACCCCUUUCAGCAGUCAAGUUCUUCUGGAGAGCUGCAAGCAGAACGUCGGUCUUUACUCAAAUCGCCGCCGACCCAGAUAAGGCACUUGAAGUCCUGCGUGAAAAGGCUACUAAAACACCUACCGCACAUGCUGAGACGGACUCAACUUGGCACCGGGAGUGGCGAACGAUCCUUCUUUUCCUCGAGCUUUACAUUUUCGUUCUCCGUCUAACGGAUGACGAAGACUUCUUCGGUGCUUUGAACUGCUCACCGACCAAGGCCGAUUUGGGGUCGCGGUUACGCUCAAAUGGUCUCAUGUUAGCCGACUUGAAACGGUUAACACUCUUCUUAAAGCACCUAGGUUUCACUCUUUACAUGAAUGCGGCGGACAUCCAAGGUUCAGCCACUAGUAUAUCUUAUGGCCAGCCGUCAUCAUCAAACACUCCGCCAGGCUUCACUCUUAUUUCAGGCGUCGAUUUUUAUGGAUUUAGGGCACUGGUCACCACAGCAACGAAGAUGUUGUACGAGCGCGAUUCCAGGAGACAGUUCCUCCCGCAGGAUCACUGGCUCAUGACAUCGAAGCUUGACAUGGCCGGUUUCCUCCAGGCAGUUGUCCUCGAAGAGCAAAGACAGCGCGAGCUUGCCGAUUCUGAUGAGGAAGACAAUCCUGGUGGAUCAGAUGAGGAUGAGCCCAUGGCUUUCGCUGCUGGAGCGGUACGGUUAUCUCGACACGCGAGAAUCGAGAAGCUCAGGCUCAUGCAAAAAAAAGCGGCACGGGAAAGGCUCAGAGAAGCAGUCGGGCCCAAGCUCGAGAUCUUGCGCAAUAUGCCGUUUGUUGUCCCCUUCGACAUUCGAGUUCAGAUCUUCCGCCAAUUUGUCCAUUUGGACAAGCUCCGCAGGCGGGGAGGCAACAUUGAUCCGGAUCGCUGGAGGCUAUGGAUUGUUAACCAGCAUGGCGGGCCGUUUGACCCCAGCCCUACUGGCAUGCAUAUCCUCAGUCGGCACAAAGCGCAGGUUCAGCGGGGGCGAGCCUUCGCGGAUGCCCUGGAUCAAUUCUGGGACCUAAAGGAAGGGUUGAAGGAGCCGAUUCAAAUUACGUUUGUCGAUUCGUUCGGCAUGCAAGAGGCUGGUAUUGAUGGCGGCGGUGUUACCAAGGAGUUUCUUCUUAGUGUGACGACAGAGGCUUUCACACAAGAUCAGAAGCUCUUCGUUACCAACAGCCAGAACGCCUUCUACCCUAACCCCUGUGCGCUGGAUCAAGAAAAGCAUCGGCUCCAGGAAGCAAUGGUGCCAGAAAACUCGGACCUAUGGAAGGAAACGAUUACUUAUCUUCUUCGGCAAUACGAGUUCUUAGGCCGUAUCAUCGGCAAGUGUUUGUACGAGGGCAUCCUCAUCGACAUCUCCUUCGCAGGCUUCUUCCUCCUGAAAUGGACCUCGGCCGCCGAUUCAGCAGAGACCUACCGCGCCAACAUCAACGACCUGCGAGAGCUGGACGAAGAACUUUACCAGGGCAUGCUCCAGCUCAAGAACUACCCUGGCGACGUGGCCGACCUCGGCCUAGACUUCACCAUCACCGACCGCGUCUCCCUGCCCGACGAGCAUCCCGUGCGCACCGUCACCCGCCCGCUCAUCCCCGACGGCGAGAAAAUCCCUGUUACCAACGAAAACCGCCCGCUCUACAUCAGCUACGUCGCCCGCCACCGCCUUGUCGUCCAGCCCUACGCCCAGACCCGUGCCUUCCUCCGCGGCUUGAGCAUGAUCAUCGACCCUGCCUGGUUAUCCAUGUUUAACCAGGCCGAGUUACAGCGCCUGGUGGGCGGCGAUAGCGCGGGUAUUGAUGUCGAUGACCUGCGCCGGCACACGGUCUACUCAGGCGUGUACGAAAUUGGCGACGAUGGUCAGGAGCACCCGACGGUGAAGCUGUUCUGGGAGGUGAUGACCGAGUUGAGCGAUGAUGAGAAGAGGGAUGUGCUGAAGUAUGUCACGAGCUCGCCGCGCGCGCCACUGCUGGGUUUUUCGCAGCUCAAUCCGCCGUUUAGCAUCCGGGAUGGGGGGUUGGAUGAGGAGAGGUUGCCGAGUGCGAGCACGUGUGUUAAUUUGUUAAAGUUGCCGCAGUACAAGACGAAGGAGGGAUUGAAGAAGAAGUUGUUGUAUGCAGUUAAGAGCGGGGCGGGGUUUGAUUUGAGUUGA